CAGCUUCCCUUUUUUAAUUUUAAUCAAUCACCAAUUUACCAGCAUUUCCAUUUUCUUCUCGAUUUAUUUUGGCAUUUCUGCUUUCUAGUUUCUACUACUCACAACCGUUUUCCUUGUUAUCUUAAGCGUAACGCCAAAUCACACCAUUCAUUUCAUUUAUACUUUACUCUCUCUCUAUCUCUCUCUCUCUCUCUCUCUCUCUCUAACGAGAGUAUCAUCACAGGUUCUGUGUCUCUUGAUUAACUCGAGAAUUGUCGUCAGUUAUUAAAUUAUCGAGAUGGGAACUUGCGUUUCAACACACCAGAAGCCUUCUGCAAUGAAGAUACAAGUCUUGUUUGGGUCUAAUGAUACCAACCUCGUCAAACCUCCCAUCAUCAAUGGCGAUCCUCCUCCUCACCCAACCACUUCUUUUCGCAAUUUUGGUAGUAAAGAGGAGACAUUUUUCGACUCACAAGCAUGGUUAGAAUCUGAUUGUGACGAUGAUUUCAUGAGUGUUAAUGGUGAAUUUACCCCAUCAAAUUCAAGAGGCAAUACUCCUAUCCACCAUAAGUUCUCUGCAGGCAACAACGUUAAUAAACAUGAAGCAUCUCCAAAUGGCUCUGAAAAGAAAAUGAGACUUUCUGAUCUUUUUAAAGACAGUCUAAGAGGCAACUACGAAUUUGAAAAAGACGAUGAAGAAGAAGCAGUUAACAAAAACGGGAAAGUAGUGGAAAGUACAAUUGUCCAUGGUGAUAAUGUUAAUGCUUAUGGUGUGAAGACAAAGAGGAUGCAGGGUUGUUUUCCAAGUUUGCUUUACACUCGUAGCUCAUCAAAGAAGAUGAUGAGCCCUAAUCCUAACUCUAACCCUGUUGUGGGGUGAAUGUGAUGAGGUUCCUGCCCAUUGGAUCAUAUGUAUAAUGUAUAGUAACAAAUGAAUAUGUAAAAAGCCAAGUUACUUGUCUUGGGAUCGAAUAUUGAAGAUAUACACCAAGUAUAUGUUUUUUUUUUU